AUGGUCGAAGAUCUUCCUAUCACAAGCACGGAGCAGCGCUUGAAGGACCAGCACAAAGAGCUGCUGUUACACUUGGAUGGCUGGUUUGAGAGAGUGGAGACGACGAUCUCUCGGCUACAAACAACAAUCGACCACGCGCCUGUCACACAUUUAUUGCCGAGCCACCCCAGAUUUUCAGUGUCUUCCCGCGGAAGUCAAAGUAAAGAAUCGAAAGAUACCAUUGGGGACCCGAGCAAUUCUUUUCUGAAGGAGAAAGCACCCAGCAUGUCGGUCCGUUCCGAGCCAUCAUCGCGGAACUCGCGCACCUCCAUGAAACGGCUGGACAGCUACACUGUAGCUGUCAAGAAGUCCAGCAGGAUUUCAGAGAGCUUUAAGAAGGUUUGGACAAAGGAUGGAUCGCACACAUCAAUGCAAGUACAUCGCCAGAAUCCAAGUCGAUGUAAGAAGCUUUGGGCGAGCCUCACUGAGUUUUCCGAGAAGGUCAUCCAUUCCCAAUGGGCCAACCUCUUCUUUGGCGCCGCCAUUCUAUCGAAUUCGCUCUUUCUGGGUAUUCAGCUUCAGUACCGGGCUCAGAAUCCCGGGCCCUCAGACACGUCCAUUGUUUUCUUCGUGAUCCACACCUUAUAUGCUGUGCUCUUCACGGUGGAGGUUCUGCUACGGUUGCUUGGUGAGGGAUUCUGGGAUUUCUUCUUCUCCUCCAGCUGGACAUGGAAUUGGCUAGAUGUCUUUGUUGUCAUCUCUUCCUGGGCAGAGCUGUCUCUGGAGUUCGCGAGUCCGACGGGGUCCACCAGUAUCUCCAACAGCAACCUGCGGCUUGUACGGGUGCUGAGAGUGGGCCGCCUCCUACGUGUCCUCCGUGUAAUUCGCGUCGCUCGCGUGUUCAAGGCGCUCCGCACAUUGGUGCACUCGCUGGUGGACACCUCGAAGCAGCUGGUUUGGGCUAUGCUCCUGCUGACACUAAUCAUGUACAUGUUUAGCAUCGUAUUCACAGACAUCGUGCUGGAUCAUUUGGAAGACACCGGUGAGCAAGACACAACGAUGGAAAAGUACUUCGGUACUUUGUACGACUCCUUCUUCACACUCUUCCGUGCGAUCUUGAACGGCAUUUCUUGGUAUGAUGCGGCUGAUGCACUGCGUCCUAUCAACUUGCUCUGGGUUCAGUGGUUUCACUUUUACAUCGCUUUCUGUCAGUUCGCAGUGUUGAAUGUCAUGACUGGCGUCUUCUGCAACAGUGCCAUCAAAGCUGCAGAAAGAGAUCAUGAAACAGUCGUGCAGUCGCUGAUGCAGAACCGCGAGGAUUUCCGGGCGCAGGUAUCCAAUUUAUUCUACAGAAUCGACGAGCGUGGACUUGGCAAGAUUACACUGACCGAGCUAGAAAAGCAUCUCGAUGACGAGGCGGUGAAGGCAUUUUUCGAAUCCCUUGAGAUCGGGGCGGUGGAUGCGUGGACAUUGUUCUUGAGUCUUGACAUAGAUGGUGACAACUUGAUCAGCAUCGACGAAUUCAUGGAAAGGUGUGUGCAGUUGCGGGGGCCUGCACGUUCGGUGGACCUGUAUGCUAUUCGGCGGCUAAAUGUCAAAAUACGAGAUGAGAUGCGCUUCCUCGAAGACCAGCAGCACAGAAUCAUGGCACAUCUUGGUGUGAAACACGAGCAUCAGGACGCCCAUGAAAUUGAGCCCACGGUCUUCAUCUGA